UUCUUCUAAAAAAUUAAUCGAAUCAAAGCGUGCGUUGAAUCGUAGGCUCGCGACAUAAUGCAUUAAAGUUAGUGGUAGGGUGAGAAAAGCACACGAGGAAAAGGUGUCACGCCCAGGUAAGCCGAACACGCGCGUUUCUUAUCGUCCUCGAAGCGCCGCUAUGAUACACCACGCAGGUUUGCAAGGGUAAGGGAGGGAGAGAACGUGACUACAACCUGAUGCUUCGAGCCCCGAUUAUAGAGCUAGACGUCAACGGUGCUUCGAGUGCUGUUAUUUACAUACGUGGAAAAUUAGAAGGAACAUCUAUGGGCCGUACACGGUGGUGGAGAGGAGGCUUGGAGCUGCUGAUGCUCUUCAUCCUCCAUCACGUAAUUCUCGGUGAUGGCGAUGUCGGCUGCCUAUUCAGUAAGAGUCUCUGCGAUCCUCGAACGGAGACAUGUUAUAACGACCUGGCGUUUGGUAGAUGUUUACCUUUAUACACUGAUCUAACCGAGGAGGACUAUUAUCAAUACAACUUUGAUAUCGACGAAUUGGAACAAUUAAGACUGCAGUUGGAGAGGUUGCAAGGAGAUGGAUUCAAAUGGUCGCAUCCUUUCACACAAUGUAUUAUGCAAACGUCCUUGUACAAUUUACGCCAUGGAGAGAGUUACGACCUUCGACUCUGUCAGCAUCUGAAAACAAGAACGCAUUUUGAAAGCAAAAAUAAAAUUGAACAGGUACCUGCAAUAGCCAUAGUGAAAUUCACUCCCAACCAUGGUGGAUCCAAUACCCAAUUCGCCAACGAGUUGUAUUACCCUCCUGGAACACAGACAGAGUAUCUUGCUGAUUCUUUAUACAAUGAUCAGCUCCCUGGACAAUCAUACAGAGAACAGUCUAGAGAAACAGCUCCUCAAUUUUACAAACCAGAGUACAAUUCAAACUCCUACAAUGAAUACGAGUCCUUAACUAAAGAGAACUAUGGGGAGGAUGGAAACAAUUUAUUCCAGAAACCUUCAACUUUAAAUAGAAUUGAUGAGAGAUUAUAUAGAACCAGAAGACAGCCAUAUAAUCUGCGAGAUUAUAGCAACAGCGCGAUAAAGUCCAUAAGAAGCGCAUUAGAAAAUGAAAAGGAGCAAUCUAAAGACCUUACGAGGAAUAAAAAUCAAAAUAAGAUUGAUGAUCUAACAGCUGAUGAAUUAGAGUUCCUGAUAAAUGGAAAAUCUGAUGAUUAUCCUGUAGUUUCAAAAGAAACAGGAGAUCAUGAAGUCGAAUAUGAUAAGGCAUUUUCAAGAAAGUACAAACCAAAGAAGUUUGUCGACCUCCCAGAUGAUAGUGAAAUUUUGUUGAAUAAUGUUAAACGUAAUUCAAAGAACGAUGAUUACGUGAAUGAUGAUUAUGAGGAUGUUAAUGUCAAUGGUGAAUCGAGUCAAAGAGAUACCACGUCGAGGGAGAAUGUAAUGUAUAGCGAAGGAGGUCUUAUACAGACUAAGGAUGAAUCCAACGAUGAUACGGAUGAAAACGCAUACAACUUAUUCGACGACGACCUGAACGAACUCCUUUGGAGACGCGAAUUGGCUGGUUUUAAGAGACGAGAAAGACUGGACGUUAAGAAGCCAGGACCUCCGUUCUCCACAAACAACUAUGCAUUCAAAAUACCAUCACCGUCUGGAUUGGAAGACGAGGAUCAGUCAGAUUCAACCGAAACCGAGCAAGAUAACGAAGUACUGCUAUCUUCAUUUGUGAAGAAAGAAGUGGGUGCUGGACAACAGGUAGAUGGUCCAAAAUCAUACGACAACGUUGAUCUGGAUCACGUUUACAUGGAGUUUCAGCAACCGUUUCACACGUGGUCAGAAGGCGAGCAUGUGGUGAAAGAGGUGGAAAAAUUACUGGAGCUAACACCUGGAGUGCUGAAAGACAUUCGAGUGGGUCGGGCUGAAGUAACGUUUAAAGUUACUAAAAAUAAUAAGAAUUAUAAUGUUACUGAUGUUCUUAGCAGUAUAGAUGACAUACGUGGAAAAUUGAAGAAGACACUGGGUGUUGAGGUGAUUCGUGCAGGCAUAGGUGACAAGACCAAACUGCCUGCAGCGUUGGAAGUUAGAAGCGAAUAUCAUAUGAGUUCUAGCAUGUUUGGAAUGAUAGUGGCUGCAGGAGUUGCAGCCGCUAUUGCAGCUGCAGCAAUAACAUUAUUCAUCGCUCGUCGUCAUGCUAAAUCCCGAGCCAAAUUAGCAGGAUUGGCUACGCCUGAUCCAGAAGCCUCAAAGGAUUAUCAGGAUUUAUGUAGAGCAAGAAUGCAAGCUAAACAACCGACUGAGAAAGCAGAAUCUCCUCGUAUCACCAGCCUGAGUCGUGAAAGUGAAUCUAAUAAUUUGCCUUCGAAUCGCUCUAGUACUUCCUCUUGGGGAGAGGAACCAGCUCUUUCAAAUAUGGACAUAUCAACUGGACAGAUGGUUCUAAGUUACAUGGAGGAUCAUCUAAAAAAUAAAGACCGAUUAGAUCAAGAAUGGGCAGCGUUAUGCGCGUACGAGGUGGAUCCAUCGUCUACUGAAAUCGCACAAAGUGACGCAAACAUUAAAUGCAUUCGUCCUGGCGCAGCGCUUCCUUACGAUCAUUCCAGGGUGAUAUUAAAUGACCUCGCUAAUGCCAAUAACUCCGACUAUAUUAACGCUUCAACAAUCAAAUCGACUGAUCAUGAUCCUCGAAAUCCAGCUUACAUUGCUACACAAGGGCCAUUACCUCAGACAACGGCAGAUUUCUGGCAACUCGUUUGGGAACAAGGUAGCGUCGUCAUUGUGAUGCUAACUAGACUCACCGAGGAGGGUGUAGCUAUGUGCCAUCGUUAUUGGCCAGAAGAAGGAUCAGAAUUGUAUCACAUUUACGAAGUGCACCUUGUAUCUGAACACUUCUGGUGUGACGAUUAUUUGGUACGUUCCUUUUACUUGAAGAAUCUUCGCACCGGUGAAACCAGGACUGUAACGCAAUUCCAUUUCUUGUCCUGGCCUGAAAAUGGCGUGCCAAAUUCCACCAAGGCUCUCCUGGAAUUCCGCAGAAAAAUCAACAAGUCUUACAAAGGCAGAUCGUGUCCUAUAGUAGUGCAUUGCAGCGAUGGUGUUGGUCGUACUGGUACUUAUUGUUUAAUCGACAUGGUUUUGAAUCGUAUGAUGAAAGGGGCUAAGGAAAUUGAUAUAGCAGCUACACUAGAACAUAUACGAGAUCAAAGGCCUGACAUGGUUGCUACGAAACAGCAAUUUAAAUUUGUUCUGAUGGCCGUAGCGGAAGAAGUACAUGCAAUUCUCAAGGCUUUACCCGUACCCCCCACGGAAAAAACUUCUCUUCUACCGAGCACUUCAUCAACGAAGGAAGGCUAGUAUAAUUUCAAUUGAAUUCUAAACUCCAUUCGCGGCAAGCAAAAACAAAGUAUUAAUUACAGUCUAUCCAAAAAAAAAAAAAAUG